UUAAACGACAGCGUUUCGGGAUCUUAAAGUUCUCUCCUUUAGGUUUAUCUCUCCUUAACGUCGCUCUUGGUCACGAGGCGACUCACUGUGGAGUUCGAUAUUCAGACAAUCUCAAAGCUUUUACAACAAAGGUGUCAAAUUUGGUCACCAUGACGGAGUAUAAGCAGGAACAGGAUAUGGAGAUUGAAGCUCUAGAAGCUAUACUAAUGGAUGAGUUUAAAGAAAUUCAUUCUAGUGAAAGUGGGCUUAAUACUUCAAAUCGAUGCUUUCAGAUUACAGUGACUCCUCAGGAUGAUGAUCUGGAGGAGUCAGCUAUCCCACCAGUUCAGUUGGCUUUGGUUUUCUCGCACACGGAAAAUUACCCCGACGAGUCUCCGCUUUUGGAUGUUAAGAGUAUUCGAGGAAUCCAUGUUAGUGACCUCACCAUCUUGAAAGAGAAGCUUGAGCAGGAGGCAUCUGAAAAUCUUGGUAUGGCCAUGAUUUAUACACUCGUCUCAUCAGCAAAGGACUGGUUAUCUGAACACUAUGGGCAAGAUGAUGCAGCUGACUUCGCCGAAGAGGAAGCUGCCAAAGAGGAUGAGGUAAUUGUCCCUCAUGGAGAACCUGUUACUCUUGAGACAUUUUUGGCAUGGAGAGAGAGAUAUGAGGCAGAGCUUGCACUUGAGCGAGCCAAGCUGAUGCCGGAUUCUGCUCUUACGGUUACUAAGGAGAAGAAGCUUACAGGAAGACAGUGGUUCGAAACUGGCAGAGCGAGAGGAACGGUGGUCACUGCUGAUCAAGAGUCUGAGGAGGACGAUGAAGAAGACAUCGACUUCGAAGACGAAGACUUUGAAGAUGAUGAAGAAGACAUGCUUGAGCACUACUUGGCAGAGAAAUCUGAUACUUCCGUUCCCCCAUCAAGGACAUGAAGCUAAGAAAGAGCAUUACAUCUUGAUUACUGAAGCUCUUUUCUGGAUGGAGUUCAUGAUGCAAGACACUGAGAAGCAUUCAAUCUCCAUAUCCUCAGUUUUCCGAGUUUUGAUCCACUCAAGAGUAUUCUGAGAAUUACCAUUUGUCUUAAAUCUAAAAUUUGCCAUCACUGUCUGUUCAUUUAUAGAACAUUUAUGAGAGAAUGCCACUGAUUUUGUAGUUUU